CCCAGGUUUUGCUCCAGUGUUUCCCCUCCCAGUACUGACCUAACUCGGAUCUUACGGAGAACUUAGGGGGCUCUGAAAAAAGAGGAGGUUAUUUGAAUUAAUGAAAUGGGCUACAAAGGCUUCUGGGCCUUUUUCCUUUCUGAAAUUGUGCCUUCAAAUUUUUAGAGGUUGCUAAUCAAAAUCGUGGGCACUUAAAUUCAUUCUCUGGCUACAGAUAAAUAAGUUGGUUUCUAUAAGAGCUCAAAAAAUUAUUUUAGCUGCUUAACUAGCACCUUUCUCAGGAAGUAAUAAUAGCACCAAAUAUUACUGAUUCCUAGGAAACCAUUUACUACCUGAUAAAGAAUUUUCUGAGUUAAAGUAGUCAUAACUGUUUAUGUACAUUAAAAGUAAGGUUUUAUUUUUUUAAAAAAUCUUGUAUUACUGCCUCCCUUCCCGGCUAGACUAUUCUGUGCACUUAAGCCUUCCACUAAUGCUUUGAGGUACAUAGGGAUGGCCCCCAUUUUACAUAAUAAUAAUUAUAAGGAAAUCAUACGGAAAAAAAUAAUAAGGAAAAAGGCUCAAGGAGUUUAAUCAUUUACCAAGGGUGGUUCUGCGAAUGAUAUAUCUGAGCAGUGGGCAAGCCUAUUGGUCUGUGGCAUCGGCUCCUUUAACCUGCAAUUGGUUUAUGAUAUUCAAGAUGAGUUUUCUGGAUAUGCCGCAGAAGGAUCCGUGCCAGAAACAAGCCUGUGAAAUACAGAAAUGUUUACAAGCCAACAACUACAUGGAAUCUAAGUGUCAGGCUGUCAUCCAAGAACUGCGUAAGUGUUGCGCUCGAUAUCCUAAGGGAAGAUCUCUCGUCUGUUCGGGAUUUGAAAGAGAGGAGGAGGAAAAGCUGACACUGAAGCCGACAUCAAAGUGAAGUUCUGCUGAAAAGUUAAAUGCUGCACCAUGUAUCCACCAAGCAAGUUUGUCUCCCUCUUUCUUUGGGCCAGGUAGCAGCACAUAUCAAAUUAAAAAGUCAACUAUAAAAGUUAAUGAAUAUGCCAUCUAUGCAGAACAGAUAGAAAUAUAUUAAAUAUAUAGAAUGUAAUAAAACUGAGCUGCUAAAAUAAACCUGUUAAGUGAAAAA